AUGACCACAAACAUCGCUGAUUCGCUCAACUUAGUGUUGACGGAUGAACGAGAUUACCCCAUGUCGUACAUAUUCAAUUUUAUUGCCAAAAAAUUUGGUGAAAAGUCUAGAGAGUGGCAUGCAUUUAUCGGUAGUUCAAAUAGCAAAUUUGGGUCUUGUGCGGAAAAGAUCUUAAGGGAUAAUAAUAGCGCAAGCGAUUACUUGUAUGUGACUAAUGUGAACGGGGAUCUCAAUCAAUUCACCGUGUUUGACAGUGGUGCUACUGUCAAGGUCAAUCUCUUGGAGAAGACUUGUUCUUGUAGGAAAUAUAACUUGGUGAAACUGCCGAGCGAACAUGCGAUGGCCACUUUGCGAUCAAAGAUGGCGAUGGCGAAGAAGAAGCUUUUUUAG